AUGUUUAAGAUUGUUAUUUUGCUUGCCUCAACAGCAAUUUUGAGUAUCAAAUGUCAACAUCAUGAACAUCACGUGUACAAAGACGUGGAUUUUUAUACUAACCCCCAUUAUGAAUACAAAUAUGCUGUGCAUGAUGAAAAACACCACGACAACCAUCAACACAAAGAAGAACGUUAUGGAGACAAAGUGAAGGGAGAAUAUUCCCUACACGAUCCUGAUGGUACCAUUAGAAUAGUCAAAUACGAAGCAGAUAAGCAUAAUGGAUUCAAUGCUGUUGUUGAAAGAAAAGGGCACGCUGUUCAUCCGCAACAUUACAAAACCUACAAAGAUUAA